UGUUUAUGUCAAUGAUUAAGGAUAUUUGACCCUAAAAUACAAAAGCUAUGUAUUUCUUGUGGCUAUGUAUUUUACUCAGAGUAACAUUAAUAUCGGGAAACAGAUUUGAUCCUCAUGUUUUUCCUCAACGUGGACCCUUUUUCGAGGGAUGGUAUAUACGGUUAAUAGAUUCUGACAAUGGCAAUAGUAUAGGAUUAUUGUUUGGGCAAGUAUUACCUGACGUGUCAAAGAGUGUGAAUAACUACCCGCCUGUUCUCUGCAGCAUUUUAGUGAGAUCGUGUUCAGUAACCGGAUGUAAACUCUUCUCCCAUGAUGCUACUUUUAAUUCAUCUGACGUUAAAGUGAGAGUGAAAGGUAAACCAGUUGAUAAAAAUCCGGACAUUUCUUCACCAGCCAACUUUACUUGGCUUGCAAAAAACAGCGUUUCCUUCGUUUUCUUCCGGAGUAACGUCUCGUCCUCUUCAUUUCGUGUAAAAUUUGGAAAUGUCUCUCUUGAUGGCGAGUUAUCUUCCCCUAUUCCAUGGGGUCCAGAUGGCGAAGGACCUGAGGGAUGGGUGGAUAAAUUUCCACUUCCGUUGCAUUGGUUUGUAUACAGCCUUCGUUCAUCUAUUGUGUCGUACAAGUUCAAAAAAGGCAGAGAAAUUGUAUUCGAGGGGAGACAUGGGACUGCUCAUAUGGAGAAGAACUGGGGAAAAUCAUUUCCAAAAGCGUGGAUAUGGUCAGAAGGAAUUUCUCCGAAUAAUGUUACGUAUGUUGUAUCUGGUGGGCCUGUUCAAGUUGGACCCAUUCCCAUCACUGCUCAUUUACUUGGGUAUAGAAAUCCUUUAAAGAAUAUUUCUUUAGAUUUCCAUCCAUAUGAUAGUUACAUUUCUGCAAAGUAUGAUGGUUGCAGAGGAUUUAUAAACAUAACUAACAGUGCGACAUUUAACUCCGGACACGACAUUUGUCCGGACUUUCGCCAACCACUUUUCCAAAGAUAUGUGGAAACCAUUUAUUCCGGACAAAUGUCGUGUCCGGAGUUAAAUGUCGCACUGUUAACUGCAAAAGGACCUCUUCACUCAGUAGAAUUGUAUGUGACAGCGGAACUAUCCUCUUUUAGUCAAUGUUUAUAUGGACCAGAGAGUCAAGGUUUUCGUCCAGUUUGUAAAGAGACAUAUGAUGCAUCGGCCACAAUAUAUGUCUACAGACUCAACAUUCUCAUCGACAAGCAGUUUCUCAGCAGUGUUGCAUUAGAAUUCGGUGGAGAAAAUGUGUGUGGGGGCUGUACGUCACUUAAAAAAUAAAAUGCUUUCUUUCUUUGUUA